UCGGAGAUCAGGAGAGAGCAUUACAUAACGAAAUUUAGCAUCUAAAUACUGAUAUGCAUAAACUAAGGAAAACUAGUUCCUUCAUCACUUGCUGCCGUCAACAAUGGCGUUCUUGCAUUUCAUCACAUUUCUCUACACAAUCUUCCAUGCUGUGACCUUCCUGAAAUUCUCCAUUGGAGCAGAUACACUUUUUCCGAACCAAACUAUUGUUAAUGGGCAGACUUUGAUUUCUCCGAGCCAAAUUUUUGAGGCGGGGUUCUUCUCCCCUGGUGAAUCCACAAAUAGUUUCUUGGGCAUAUGGUACAGAAAUACUCCGGAUGUCGUUUGUUGGGUUGCAAACAGAAACAAUCCGAUCAGAGAUGCAGACGGGGUAGUUUUAGCCAUAGCCAGGAAUGGAUCGCUAGUUAUAAGCAGGGCGGGAAGGGUUAUCUGGUCGACGAAUUCAUCAGGGGGGGCUUCAAAUCCAAUUUUGCAGCUGUUGGACACUGGAAAUCUUCUUGUUGUAGAUGAGACUGGUGAAUCUUCUUCUCAAAAGAGCUACAUAUGGCAGAGUUUUGACUAUCCAAGUGAUACCAGGUUGCCUGGGAUGAACAUGGUAGACAACACUGAUGCUGGUCAGGAGAAGUAUUUGACCUCAUGGCGAAAUUCCGAUGAUCCAUCCCCUGGAAAUUUCACUUACAGGAUAGAAAAUCAGGGCUUGGCUGAAUUGGUUAUUUUCCAGGGGACCACCAAAAUAUAUGGCACUGGCCAAUGGAAUGGGCUUGGCUUCAUGGGAACUCCCCCCUAUCAGAGUCCAGAUUUCAAGUCCGAUUUCAAGUUCAAGAACGAUGUAUUAGAGUCUAUGUCUGAGAUUUACAACUAUUCAACUGUUGCAAGAAUAAUAAUAGAGCCAUCUGGAAUUCUCCAGCGUUAUAGUAUGAAUGAGAAGAAAGAUAAGUGGAAUCUCGUCUUCACGCUUCCACAAGACCUAUGUGACAAUUAUGGCCGAUGUGGGCCUUACGGUAUUUGUAGCACUGGCAAAACACGGAUAUGUGAGUGUUUGAAGGGAUUUGCUCCUAAGGCACAACAGGAGUGGGAUUGGUCCAGCGGAUGUGCAAGAAUUAGGCCAUUGAACUGCGGGGAUGGAGAUGGUUUCAUUGGGGUUUCAGGGGUAAAGUUUCCUGAUAUGCUGAAAUUUUGGUUGAAUACUAGCAUGACCCUUGGUGAAUGUCAAGCCGAAUGCUUGAAAAACUGUAACUGCACGGCAUAUGCUAAUCCAUACAUAACUGGUGGACGCAGUGGUUGCUUGAUAUGGUAUGAGGAUCUUAUUGAUAUCAGAGAGGUUCCCGGAGCAGAUAACAAGCAAAUUCUCUAUAUUCGCUUGCCAAUUUCGGAACUGGAAUCUAACAAUAAUUUACAGAAGACGAAUCGGAAGAAAAUGCCAGAAAAGUUCACACUUAUAUUAGCUGCUUCUGGAGCUUAUGAACUCGAGCAAACUUUAAGCAAUGUCGUUUUCUCCACAGCAGCAGGAAGGAAAUUUGAGGAUUUAGAAUUGCCUUUGUUCAGAUUAUCAAUGAUUGCUGCUGCUACAAACAACUUCUCUAGUGGAAACAUGAUUGGGGAAGGAGGUUUUGGUCCUGUAUACAAGGGAAACUUGUCAGCGCAAGAAGAAAUAGCAGUAAAAAGACUGUCGAAAACAUCCACACAAGGUCUUGAAGAGUUCAAAAAUGAAGUUAUUCUCAUUGCCAAACUUCAACAUAGAAACCUCGUCAGGCUUUUAGGAUGUUGCAUUGAAAGAGAUGAAAGAUUGCUAAUAUAUGAGUACAUGCAGAAUGGCAGCUUGGAUUAUUUUGUUUUUGAUGAGACUAGAAGAAAAUUGUUGACAUGGCCUGAAUGCUUUAAUAUCAUAAAGGGAAUCGCAAGGGGACUGCUCUAUCUCCAUCAUGAUUCAAGAUUAAUGAUUAUCCAUAGAGAUUUGAAAACGAGCAAUAUUUUACUGGAUGCAAAUUUGAAUCCAAAAAUUUCUGACUUUGGCUUAGCAAGAACGUCGGGAGGUGAUCAAAUUACUGACAGGACAAAGAGAGUUGUCGGGACUUAUGGUUAUAUGGCUCCAGAAUAUGCUAUUCACGGGAAGUUCUCUGUGAAAUCCAAUGUCUUUAGCAUGGGAGUCCUCUUGUUAGAGAUAGUGAGCGGCAAAAGGAACAGAGGCUCUAAUUAUUCCAAUCACCAUCAUAACCUUUUGGGACAUGCAUGGCUGCUAUGGCAAGAGAACAUGGAUCUAGAGUUAAUGGAUGAAUGUCUGAAGGACACAUUUGUUGAAUCUCAAGUAAAGAGAUGCAUACAAGUGGGGUUAUUAUGCGUUCAGAGAUUUCCAGAAGACAGGCCAGUCAUGUCGUCUGUGCUUUUCAUGUUAGGAAGUGAGGGAGUUGUUCUGCCUCAGCCCAAGGAACCUGGGUUUUUCAUGGAAGGGAGUUGUAGCAAUAGUGCAGACAAUCAUACACCAAGUAGGGAGACCAUCGAAGGUUCAAUCACCAUUACUGAACUGGAAGCCAGGUAG